AUGCACGGUAUCGCGUAUUUCGAGCUCAGCUGGUCCAUCCUCAGCAGCAUCGGCCUGUUCACUGCGCUGCUAGCCAUCUGGGCUGUCUUAAUUACUCGGCCUAGCCCGCUGAGCUAUGUUCCCAUCGUGGUAUCCGUCGCAUGCGCGGCUGCCAACGGACUGUGUUAUUUUUCAUACUACACUUCUCACUCACUAGUCCAUCGCAUCGCCGGCAGCGCCUUCGCUGACAUUUUCUGGCUGAUCCAAGAAGCCGGCCUCUCUUUCUACAGCUACCAGAUCCUCACACACACCCUGCACAACAGCGCCCGCACUUCCUUCCUCCUCAUCUUCUGGUCCCUCAUGCUCCUCAUCCUCGGUCUCCGUCUCGCCAUUCUAGUCAGUCGCAUCCUCGACCUGCAAACUCCCUCCAAUACCAAACCCAGCACCCUCAACCAACACCGCAUCUCCUACCUCCACGUGGGCUAUUUCGUCUCCAUCGCGCUCGUCGAAUCCUGGAGCUCUUUCUUCCUGAUCCGUCUACUGAACAGUGCACGGGACCUCUCGCCUAAAGUGUCCUCGACGAGGGAGGUCUUUCGGUACUUGCUCAGAACGACGGAGAUUAGGGUUGCGAGUCUUGCGGCUGUGGGCGUUACCAGGGCGAUUACGUACUCGUGGCAGGUUACGGCGCAGAGUGCGGUUAGUGUGCAGGGUGAGGUCGAUCGGUUUGUGUAUUGUGGAGAGUGUUUGUUUCCGUUGGUUUUGAUAGUUGAUAUCCUCGCGUCGAAGAAGUAUUCGCCCGUCGCUGCGUCGGAGCCAAGGUCGCCGCUUCAGAGGGCUGGGCAUGUGAGGGUUCCGACGUCGGAUAGUUGGCCGUUGAGGAGGGAGUGGGAGUCUCCUUGA